AUGCGUUUCAAUGGAAAUGUUGUUGUGUUGUGGGCAGUUUUUGUACUAGUACUCUGUGCAUCAGUUGGGGCUGCACCCGCUGCCGAAACCGCACCCGCAGAAGAUAAAGAUAAAAUGGGAUUAAGUUCAAAUGCCGCCGUGGACUUGUUGGCCGUUAACACAGAUACCGUUCACGAAAAUGAAUCCAAUCGAAAAGCUCGUCAGUUCUUUUAUCCCUAUGGAGGCUAUUAUGGCGGAUAUGGAGGAUAUUAUGGUGGUUAUGGUGGAUAUGGAUUGUAUGGAUAUCGUUUGUAUCCUUCAUACGGAUAUGGCUACUAUCCUUAUUCGGGUUAUUAUCCUUACUAUGGAUGA